AAGGGUUCAAACUGAUGAAGGUGCCUUUGGAGGAGGCAAGGAAGAGAAUCGUCAUCGCAGACUGGAACGAAGGAUUCCCAUCCACGGAUCUCCCUCACGGUUUUACCAUGCUGAGUGAGAUGGUUCAAGUUGGAAAGCUCGAACAGGAAGCGGCUUUUGAUGGCCGCUAUGCGAACGAAACCUGCCUCAUGUGUUACUCUAGCGGGACGACUGGACUAGCAAAGGGCGUUGAGACUACUCACAAAAAUCUGGUCUCAAUUAUGUGCAUGUUCCCUUCCGUGUUUAUUAAACUUGAACCGGGCAAAGAUAGGAUGCUCGGAUUUCUGCCUGGGCUGGUCAAAGUUCUUUUAUAUCCGAUCUCGAAAGGAGGAGCAUCCGUUCUCAUUCGCGGAUUUGAUGUCCCAAUGUUUGGAGCAGCACUCAACAAGUACAAGGUUACGAUCUUGCCGAUGAUACCACCAGUCAUCUUGCUCCUCGCCAAGAAUCCCAUUUUCGAGAAAUUCGAUUUUUCCGGUGUGAAGCUCAUUACAUCGGGUGCGGCCCCACUCGGUGCGGACCUGACGUUCGAAGUCACGGAGAGACUGAGAAAGCUGGGCUCGAAAGCAUUGGUUGUACAAGGCUAUGGUUUAACCGAGACAUCACCCACUGUUCACUACAAUCCGGCUCAACAUUGGGACACCAAAGCUGGCACAGUUGGACCCCUUCUGCCGAAUAUAGAAGCACGGCUGGUACAAGACGAUGGGGAGGAUGCUCCGGAAGGUGGAAGAGGAGAGUUAUGGCUAAGAGGCCCAUCCAUCAUGAAGGGUUACCUGCAUAACGCCACAGCGACAGUCAACUCUAUCACUCCCGACGGCUGGUUCCAAACUGGCGAUAUAGCAAUUGUGGAUAAAGACGGAACUUAUCAAGUACAAGGGAUUCCAAGGUUAGCGAAUCAUACAAAUAUGGUAUUAUUAGCCAUCCUUCUAACUUUGAUCCAUCCUCCAGUCCCACCAGCAGAUCUUGAGGCAGUCUUGAUAUCUCAUCCUGACGUUGUGGAUUCUGGAGUUAUAGGCGUUUAUAGCAAGAGACAAGAAACCGAACUCCCAAGGUGGGCUACUGACCCAAAGGAGGUCGAAGCCUUCCAGAAAGCCGUCAGCAAAUGGAUCACAACAAAGACGCAAUUCCAAAGAGGUCAGGUUGCUUGCUGUCUCCCCAUUACUCACACUGACGAAAGUGACUUCUUGAACAGUGCGGCAGGCAAAAUUCUCAGGAAGGAGCUGCGUGAACGAGCAAAGAAGGAAAUUGAGCUGGAGGGUGAGCCAGAUCGCGCAAAACUAUGA